GCGAGAAGGGAGGCAGAGGAGGCGCGGAGCGGGCGGCGGCGGCGGCGGCGGCGGCGGCGGCCCGAGGAAGAGGAGGAGGCAGAGCAGGCGGAGACGCGGCGCCCGGAGCCGGCCAGACCGAGCCGGGGGCGGGCGAGCCAGGAGGGGCGCGGCGGCCGCGGCGGAAGGGGGGGCGCUCUGCGGAUGGCCAGGCCCGGCCCGCGGGGGGGGUGAGGUCCUCGGCCCCCCCGCCCGCCCCCCCGGCCCCCGCCCGCCCCCUCCCCGGGCCCGCUCGCCCUCCGGGGCGGUGGGGCAUGGCCUGAGGGUCCCCCGUCUCCGGGGGGGUGGGGGGUGGGGGGUGGGGGGAGGGGCCGCGGGCGCCGCCGACCGGGACGCAGCAGCCCCGCCAGGCAGCCGCCUGUGAUGCUGCCGUCCCCCGUCGCCCCGUGGCCCCACGAUGACCCACAGCCCCGCGUCCAGCGAGGACGAGGAACGCCACAGUGCCAGCGAGUGUCCCGAAGGGGGCUCAGAGUCCGACAGCUCCCCAGACGGGCCCGGGAGAGGCCCCCGGGGGACCCGGGGCCGAGGCAGCGGGGCACCUGGUAGCCUGGCCUCGGUCCGAGGCCUCCAGGGCCGCUCCAUGUCUGUCCCGGACGACGCCCACUUCAGCAUGAUGGUCUUCAGGAUUGGCAUCCCGGACCUGCACCAGACAAAAUGCCUGCGUUUCAACCCCGAUGCCACCAUAUGGACAGCCAAGCAGCAGGUGCUCUGUGCCCUGAGCGAGAGCCUGCAGGAUGUCCUCAACUACGGCCUGUUCCAGCCCGCCACCUCGGGCCGCGACGCCAAUUUCCUGGAGGAGGAGCGGCUGCUGCGGGAGUACCCCCAGUCCUUCGAGAAGGGGGUACCCUAUCUGGAGUUCCGAUACAAGACCCGAGUUUACAAGCAGACCAACCUGGAUGAGAAGCAGCUGGCCAAGUUGCACACGAAGACGGGGUUGAAGAAGUUUCUGGAGUACGUGCAGCUCGGGACAUCCGACAAGGUGGCAAGGCUGCUGGACAAGGGGCUGGACCCCAAUUAUCAUGACUCGGAUUCAGGAGAAACGCCUCUGACGCUGGCUGCCCAGACAGAAGGCUCGGUAGAGGUGAUUCGAACCCUGUGCCUGGGCGGGGCCCACAUCGACUUCCGGGCCCGGGAUGGCAUGACCGCGCUACACAAGGCCGCCUGUGCCCGUCACUGCCUCGCUCUCACGGCGCUCCUGGACCUUGGAGGCUCCCCCAACUACAAGGACCGCCGGGGCCUGACCCCUCUGUUCCAUACGGCUAUGGUGGGGGGCGACCCCCGCUGCUGUGAGCUGCUUCUGUACAACAGGGCCCAGCUGGGCAUAGCUGAUGAGAACGGCUGGCAGGAGAUCCACCAGGCCUGCCAGCGGGGCCACUCUCAGCACCUGGAACACCUGCUCUUCUACGGGGCAGAGCCCGGAGCCCAGAACGCCUCAGGGAACACAGCCCUGCACAUCUGCGCCCUCUACAACAAGGAGACAUGUGCUCGGAUCCUCCUCUAUCGAGGGGCCAACAAAGAUGUGAAGAAUAACAGUGGACAGACCCCCUUCCAGGUGGCAGUGAUCGCUGGGAACUUUGAACUGGGGGAGUUGAUCCGCAACCAUCGAGAGCAGGAUGUGGUGCCCUUCCAGGAGUCCCCCAAGUACGCAGCUCGGCGACGGGGACCCCCAGGCACAGGGCUGACGGUGCCCCCCGCGCUGCUGCGGGCCAACAGUGAUACCAGCAUGGCCCUGCCUGACUGGAUGGUGUUCGCCGCCCCAGGAACCUCAUCUACUGGGGCCCCCGGCCCUACCUCAGGGCCCCAGGGCCAGUCGCAGCCCUCGGCCCCCAGCACCAAGCUCAGCACUGGGACCCUCCGAAGUGCCAGCAGCCCCCGAGGCUCCCGGGCCCGCUCCCCAUCCCGCGGGAGGCACCCUGAGGAGGCAAAGAGGCAGCCCCGUGGACGGCCCAGCUCCAGCGGGACACCCCGGGAAGGGCCAGCUGGGGGCACAGGGGGCCCCGGGGGCCCUGGGGGCUCCCUGGGCAGCCGCGGGAGACGCAGGAAGCUCUACUCAGCGGUCCCCGGACGCUCCUUCAUGGCUGUCAAGUCCUACCAGGCCCAAGCCGAGGGUGAGAUCUCCCUGAGCAAAGGCGAGAAGAUCAAAGUGCUUAGCAUCGGGGAAGGAGGCUUCUGGGAAGGCCAGGUCAAAGGUCGAGUCGGCUGGUUCCCCUCCGACUGCCUGGAAGAGGUGGCCAAUCGCUCCCAGGAGGCAAAACAAGAAAGCCGAAGUGACAAGGCAAAGAGGCUCUUCCGGCAUUAUACCGUGGGCUCCUAUGACAGCUUUGAUGCCCCAAGCGAUUACAUCAUUAAGGAGAAGACAGUUCUGCUGCAGAAGAAGGACAGUGAGGGGUUUGGGUUCGUGCUCCGGGGGGCCAAGGCGCAGACCCCCAUCGAGGAGUUCACCCCCACCCCGGCCUUCCCGGCGCUGCAGUAUCUGGAGUCGGUGGACGAGGGUGGUGUGGCAUGGCGAGCCGGACUGCGAAUGGGAGACUUCCUCAUCGAGGUGAAUGGGCAAAAUGUGGUGAAGGUCGGCCACCGACAGGUGGUGAACAUGAUCCGUCAAGGGGGCAACACGCUGAUGGUCAAGGUGGUGAUGGUUACCAGGCACCCGGACAUGGAUGAGGCUGUUCAUAAGAAAGCACCCCAGCAGGCUAAGCGGCUGCCGCCCCCAGCCGUCUCCCUGCGUUCCAAGUCCAUGACCUCAGAGCUGGAGGAGAUGGAGUACGAGCAGCAGCCCCCGCCGGUGCCCAGCAUGGAGAAAAAGCGGACUGUGUAUCAGAUGGCUCUCAACAAACUGGAUGAAAUUUUGGCCGCAGCUCAGCAGACCAUCAGUGCAAGCGAGAGUCCGGGGCCUGGUGGCCUCGCGUCCCUGGGCAAACACCGACCCAAAGGCUUCUUUGCCACUGAGUCGAGCUUUGAUCCCCAUCACCGCUCUCAGCCGAGUUAUGAACGUCCUUCCUACCUGCCCCCAGGCCCUGGGCUCAUGCUCCGGCAAAAAUCCAUCGGGGCGGCAGAAGAUGAUAGACCCUACCUAGCACCCCCAGCCAUGAAGUUCAGCCGCAGCCUGUCUGUGCCUGGCUCGGAGGACAUCCCCCCGCCGCCCACCACGUCCCCACCAGAGCCGCCCUACAGCACACCUCCAGCCCCCUCCUCCUCCGGCCGCCUCACUCCCUCCCCCCGGGGUGGGCCCUUCAACCCCAGCUCAGGUGGCCCCCUCCCUGCCUCUUCCCCGGCGUCCUUUGAUGGGCCCUCCCCUCCUGACACUCGUGUAGGGAGCCGGGAGAAGAGCUUGUACCACAGCGGGCCUCUGCCCCCUGCCCACCACCACCCGCCCCACCACCACCACCAUCACGCCCCGUCCCCCCAGCCGCACCAUCACCACGCCCAUCCCCCUCACCCCCCAGAGAUGGAGACCGGCGGCUCCCCCGACGACCCCCCACCCCGACUGGCUCUGGGGCCCCAGCCCAGCCUGCGAGGCUGGCGGGGCGGCGGGCCCAGCCCGACCCCGGGGGCCCUGUCGCCGUCGCACCACGGCAGCGGGGCCGGGGGCAGCGGCUCCUCCCAGGCCCCGGCCCUGCGCUACUUCCAGCUGCCUCCCCGGGCGGCCAGCGCGGCCAUGUACGUGCCAGCCCGCUCGGGGCGCGGGCGCAAGGGCCCGCUGGUCAAGCAGACCAAAGUCGAAGGAGAGCCCCAGAAGGGCGGCGGCCUCCCGCCCGCCCCCUCGCCCACGUCUCCGGCGUCCCCGCAGCCGCCCCCGGCCGCGGCCGCCCCGUCGGAGAAGAACUCCAUCCCCAUCCCCACCAUCAUCAUCAAGGCUCCAUCCACCAGUAGCAGCGGCCGCAGCAGCCAGGGCAGCAGCACCGAGGCGGAGCCCCCAACCCAGCCCGAGUCGGCGGGCGGGGGCGGUAGCGGCGGCGGCUCCUCCACGUCGAGCCCCGCCCCGGCCGUGUCGCCCGUGCCGCCCUCUCCCUCGCCCGUGCCCACCCCCGCCUCGCCCAGCGGCCCAGCCACCCUCGAUUUCACCAGCCAGUUCGGAGCGGCCCUGGUGGGGGCGGCUCGGAGAGAAGGGGGCUGGCAGAACGAAGCCCGCCGGCGGUCCACGCUCUUCCUGUCCACCGACGCAGGGGACGAGGACGGCGGCGACAGCUCGCUAGGCCCCGGGGCGCCCCCGGGCCCCCGACUGCGCCACUCCAAAUCCAUCGACGAGGGCAUGUUUUCCGCCGAGCCCUACCUCCGGCUGGAGUCCGCAGGCGCCGGGGGCGGCAGCGCCUAUGGGGGCUACGCAGCCGGCAGCCGCGCCUACGGGAGCAGCGGGAGCAGCAGCGCCUUCACCAGCUUCCUGCCGCCGCGACCCCUGGUCCACCCGCUGACCGGCAAGGCCCUGGACCCAGCCUCCCCGCUCGGGCUGGCCCUGGCCGCCCGCGAGCGGGCACUGAAGGAGUCCUCGGAGGGCGGCGGGGCCCCCCAGCCCCCUCCCAGGCCCCCGUCGCCCCGCUACGAGGCCCCGCCGCCCACCCCGCACCACCACUCGCCCCACGCCCAUCACGAGCCGGUGCUGCGUCUCUGGGGGGCCUCCCCCCCCGACCCGGCCCGCCGCGAGCUGGGGUACCGGGCAGGCCUGGGCAGCCAGGAGAAGUCCCUUCCAGCCAGCCCGCCAGCCGCCCGGCGCUCCCUGCUGCACCGCCUGCCGCCCACCGCUCCCGGGGUCGGGCCCCUCCUGCUGCAGCUGGGGCCCGAGCCCCCCGCCCCGCACCCCGGGGUGAGCAAGCCUUGGCGGUCCGGAGCCCCGGAGGAGCCGGAGCGGCUGCCCCUCCACGUGCGGUUCCUCGAGAACUGCCAGCCCCGGGCCAGCGGGGCGGGUGGGAGGGGACAGCCCGCGGAGGACGGGGCCGGGGUCCCGCCGCCCAGCCCACGCCGGUCGGUGCCCCCCUCGCCGACCUCCCCGCGGGGCAGUGAAGAGAAUGGGCUUCCUCUGCUAGUCCUGCCGCCGCCCGCCCCCUCGGUGGACGUGGAGGACGGGGAGUUCCUCUUUGUGGAACCGCUGCCCCCACCUCUGGAGUUCUCCAACAGCUUCGAGAAGCCAGAGUCACCCCUGACGCCUGGGCCUCCCCUCCCGCUGCCGGACCCCCCCACUCCGACCACCCCGUUGCCCCCGGUGCCGCCCCCUGCGGUGGCCGCCGCCCCUCCCACCCUGGACUCCACCGCCUCCAGCCUGACUUCCUAUGACAGCGAGGUGGCGACGUUGACCCAGGGGGCCCCCGCGGCUCCCGGGGACCCCCCUCCGCCAGGUCCACCAGCCCCAGCCGCCCCUGCGCCCCCUGCCCCACAGCCUGGCCCAGACCCUCCCCCAGGCACGGAUUCUGGCAUCGAGGAGGUGGACAGUCGAAGCAGCAGUGACCACCCCCUGGAGACCAUCAGCAGUGCAUCCACGCUCAGCAGCCUGUCUGCCGAGGGCGGGGGCAGUGCAGGGGGAGGGGGCGGUGUCGGCGGGGGUGGCGCCAGUGUGGCCAGCGGGCCAGAGCUUCUGGACACAUAUGUGGCCUACCUGGAUGGCCAGGCCUUCGGGGGGAGUGGCACUCCUGGUCCACCAUACCCCCCGCAGCUCAUGACGCCCUCAAAGCUCCGGGGCCGGGCGCUUGGGGCCAGUGGAGGGCUGCGGCCGGGCCCCAGUGGGGGACUGCGAGACCCAGUCACUCCCACUAGCCCCACCAUCUCAGUGACAGGGGCUGGAACGGAUGGGCUGCUGGCCCUGAGUGGUUGCCCGGGGCCCUCGACGGCAGGCGUGGCUGGGGGGCCAGUGGCUGUAGAGCCAGAAGGCCCACCGGUGCCCUUGCCGUCCACCUCCUCCCUGCCUCGGAAGCUGCUGCCCUGGGAGGAGGGCCCGGGCCCACCGCCACCACCCCUGCCCGGGCCCCUAACCCAGCCUCAGGCCUCAGCCUUGGCCACAGUAAAAGCCAGCAUCAUCAGUGAACUCAGCUCCAAGCUUCAGCAGUUUGGGGGCGCCUCUGCAGCUGGUGGCGCUCUGCCCUGGGCCCGGGGAGGCAGCGGGGGAAGCGGGGACAGCCAUCACGGGGGAGCCAGCUAUGUCCCCGAGAGGACUUCCUCCCUGCAGCGGCAGAGACUCUCGGAAGACGCCCAGAGCUCGCUCCUCUCCAAACCUGUUAGCAGCCUGUUUCAGAACUGGCCCAAACCACCCCUGCCGCCGCUCCCCGCAGGAACCGGGGUGCCCCCUUCAGCGGCUGCAGCCCCGGGGGCCACCUCACCGUCAGCCUCCUCCUCCUCCACGUCUGCCCGCCACCUCCAGGGCGUGGAGUUCGAGAUGCGGCCACCUCUGCUCCGCCGGGCCCCCAGCCCCUCCCUGCUGCCCGCCUCGGAGCACAAGGUCAGCCCUGCGCCCCGGCCCUCGUCUCUGCCCAUCCUGCCUUCCGGACCCCUCUACCCGGGCCUCUUUGACAUCCGCGGCUCCCCCACCGGAGGGGCAGGAGGCUCGGCUGACCCCUUCGCCCCUGUCUUCGUGCCACCACACCCCGGGAUGUCCGGGGGUCUCGGCGGAGCCUUGUCGGGGGCCUCCCGCUCCCUCUCACCCACCCGCCUGCUUUCCCUGCCCCCGGACAAGCCGUUCGGAGCUAAACCUCUGGGGUUCUGGACCAAGUUCGACGUGGCUGACUGGCUGGAGUGGCUGGGCUUGGCUGAGCACCGAGCCCGGUUCCUGGACCACGAGAUCGACGGCUCCCACCUGCCCGCCUUGACCAAGGAGGACUACGUCGACCUGGGGGUGACCAGAGUGGGCCACCGCAUGAACAUCGACCGGGCUCUCAAAUUUUUUCUGGAGAGGUGAUGGCUGGCCUGGGCGGACCAGCCCGUCCACAGAACCCUGGAGCCUGCUGGCCCCUUGACCUCUGACCCCUGACCAUCAUUCUCUCCCCCCCGGCCAGGGACUCUGCUCAAACUGCGCCCUGACCCUUUGUCUCCCACGGCCGGAGGUCACCAGGUGGCCUGAUCCCGGCCAGACAUUUGCACCUCACCGGAGGGGCAGCUGACACAAGACUGUGUGUGUGUGAAGCGGGGAGCGGAGGGGGGGAUGGAAGAA